UUGCAUUCAUAUCUAUAACCACCAUUUCUAACUCUUUGCCAAAAAAAAUGGGUGCUGAAACGGCGAAAUCAGGCUACGAUAGAACCAGUGAACUAAAAGCUUUCGACGAAACAAAAGCCGGAGUUAAGGGACUUGUUGACGCUGGAAUAACCAAAGUCCCUCGCAUGUUCUAUCAACCACAAGAUGUCUCGGACGACAAUUCAUCGUCUGGUAAUGAAGAUUUAGUAGUCCAACCGAGUAUUCCUAUCAUAGAUCUUGAAGCCCUUGAUAAAUACCCGAUUCGACGCAAGGAGAUAGUUGAUGAAGUUCGAUGUGCAUCCGAGACUUGGGGGUUCUUUCAGGUGGUGAAUCAUGGGAUUCCUGUGAGUGUUUUGGAGGAGAUGAAGGAUGGGACUAAGAGGUUCUUCGAGCAAGAUAUUGGAGUCAAGAAACAAUACUUCGGUCGUGAUACUAAAACAAAAAAGGCAGUGUACAACAGCAAUUUUGAUCUUUAUAGCGCGCCAGCGGCUAAUUGGAGGGACACAAUCAUAUACUAUAUGGCUCCAGAUCCUCCAAACCCAGAGGAGCUUCCCGUCGUUUGCCGAGAAAUACUUGUGGAAUACUCGAAGAGAGUAACGAAGUUGGGAUACUUGUUGUUCGAAUUGUUAUCGGAAGCUCUUGGAUUAAACACAAACUAUUUAAAGGACAUGGAUUGCGCAGUAGGACUGUCCGUUUUGGGCCACUACUAUCCGGCGUGUCCGGAGCCAGAAUUGACCAUCGGCACAACCAAACAUGCCGACAAUGACUUCCUCACGGUGCUCCUGCAAGACCACAUUGGUGGCCUCCAAGUUCUACAUCAAAAUCAGUGGAUUGAUGUACAACCCUUACCCGGUGCACUAAUUGUCAACAUUGGUGAUCUUCUGCAGCUUAUGUCGAACGACAAGUUUGUAAGCGUGGAGCAUAGGGUCCUGGCGAAUCGGGCAGGGCCAAGAAUAUCAGUGGCGUGCUUUUUUGGGACACAUGUUAAGCCAUUCCCUAGACUUUAUGGUCCAAUUAAGGAGUUAUUGUCAGAAGACAAUCCUCCAAAAUACAGAGAAACUACCGUGAGAGAGUAUGUGGAACAUUUCAAUGCCAAGGGCCUUGAUGGGACUUCUGCAUUGCUACAUUUCAAGCUCUAAUUAUAGUAGACAAAUUUGUACUUUUGUGCUUAUUAUGAACAUGUAUAUACGUAAGAGAAGAAAAUAAGUUUCAGCGCACCUUGAAACAAUUUCGUUUCAUUUUUUUUUUAAUAUUAAGCCUUGGUUUAUAGUUUAGUUUCUUCUUGUCAUUUGAUGGUAUGAACUCAAAACUUACUCUUGAACUUGAGUCUGUAAUCUGUAUAUAUACAAGGAUAUCUGAGACCAUGAAAGGAGUCGAUAAAGAUCCGAUCAAGCGUAAGGAGGUUGUUGACAGAGUGAGAGAUGCAGCAGAGGAAUUCCUGUUAGUAUUAUGGAUGAAGAAGCAAGAUUGUCUGUGGUAUAAGGCAUUAUGAAUAAAACAGUUCUGCUUGUAAUUUUUGUAAGCGAUAACGUUCUCUAUUAAUGUUACUGAUCCAAAAACAGCAAUUUACCUCCGUGAGCUCCUCAUCUGUAUGCCCUUGUGAUUGGAGGCCCAACCAAGGCUUUAUAAACAACAUUAUCUCUUUCUUUC